UGCCAUGAUUGGAUCCUAAUCAUCCUUCACUCCCCGCCCCUAAGACCCAAUUGGUCGGACCCGACCAACCUCCAAAUUAGUUUCCGUUGCCUGUUUACAGAAUUGACUCAUUAGUUUGCCAGAUUGUUGUGAUCUGUGCACCGCAUAUACCGAGCGAACCCCAAAAUCGGCUUCAAAUUGAACGAAAAAACGAUGUCGGUUCACAUGACUGAGAAUGGCAAAAGUUCGUCAAUCAAGUCCACGAACUUCUUAAUCGAGUCGCUUCUUUCUACGGACAGUGCGAAUAGUGCCAAAUGUGUGAACACUAGUUCGGAAUCGGUUGGUUUUGCUGGUUUUUCUGCGAUCGCGCCAGUCGAAAGGGACGAAAGUGUCGAGUGUUCGGCGUCCAUAUGUGACAAAAACAACUUAUACGAUAUGGCAUCAGAUACGUACAAGUUGGACGACGAUCGCAAAAAGCGACCCCGCACAGCUUUUACAGCGGCCCAAAUCAAAUCGCUGGAAGCUGAGUUUGAGAAAAACAAGUACCUUUCCGUCGCCAAGCGCUGUCAGCUUUCCAAAACGCUUAAAUUAACGGAAACUCAAAUUAAAAUAUGGUUUCAAAACAGACGCACGAAAUGGAAAAGGAAAUACACCAACGAUUUGGAGUUUUUCGCCCAGCAGUAUUACAGUUCCCUGGGGAUUCUUACACCCAGACCCAUUUUUUUAGGUGAUCGAUUAUGGUUCUUCAACUGUCCGGGCCAAUCAGGGAUGCCAAAUUCUCCUCUAAUUCAAUCGAUGCCCCCCCACAUGAGUCCAACCGUCCAAAGAACCACAAUUCCAGACUACGUUCAUUGCCACAGCGCCGAUUUGCGAUCAGAUUUUCCGCCAAUUGUAGAACUGCAGAAUUUUGAACGACAUUUCGAAAAUCCUUAAGUUGUGCGAAUCGUACAUGUUUACGGGUGCCGAUAAGUAGGAGACGUUAAUUGGGUUAAAAUAAACAGCGAAUUGUUGCGGAUUAAUUAAGCAAUGCAUGUAGGUAAAAGACGCAAAUACGAUCAGAUGGUAGCCAAGUGUUUUUCCCUGUACGCUAUUUUACAAUGUUGAUUUGACGAAGGACUGUAGGGACAAGUUGUAUUUUAGGUACCACCAACAGCAAAAUUACAGUUGUCUCUUUUGAAAUUAAA